UGGAGAUUUAUGUGUUAAUUUAAUACGUAAAUUUAGAGUGAUAUCAUCGGAAUCCAGGGGCUAGGCCCAUGUUUCCCGUUUCGAACCUUCUUGAUGGGGUUUUCACAUCCAAUUUAGUUAUCUGCUUGGUUCCUUUGGCGGGGGUGGAUUGUAUCAGAUACCUGUACACAGCUGUAUAUUUUGUGCUGGAUACACAUAACACUAUCUGGUCCAUAGUAGAGCAUUCGGUGAUGCUGAGAUGCAGAUGGAUUAGGACCCAUUUUCCAUCAGUGCCUAAUAUUUACCCCUUGAGUUUUACGAUCAUUAAGACUUCAGAGGAUACUCCCAUACUCUUGCUCUUCACUUGCUACGAACCCCAAGUUUUUGCGUCCACUAUUUCAGGAGAUACUAACCCGUCAAAAGUGCAAAUCAAGUAUCUCUAAGAACACCCUGAUGUUUUGGCUCAUCUUGUCCCCCGGAUCAUGUGUAAACAAACACCCCUUGACUCACGUCCAUUGCUGAGGUCAAAGGAGGUUGACUUAGAAAAUCUACGUCUCCCCGGCUGGUAUUUUUUCAUCAGCCGUGUUUGUGGUUUCAUCUCUAGUUAUGAAUUAAAUCUAGAGUCUGAAUAAAUUGACUAUUUUUAUUGAUGUUGGUUCCGAGAAUAUGAAAUAACGGGGAUAAAGUGGAUUCUAUGCUAUCGGUAACCUGAGCUAUAGAG